ACGAACAGGAGACUGAGGAACACUGGUCAACUGUAAACACUGAACAUAACUAUAAUGAAGCUCAUUUGUUUUGGUUUGCUUGCCUGCCUGGCCAUUCCUGCUCUUGGACAGACAGAUAAUCUAGUACAGUUAGCUACAAAACUAGGAGCAAAAACAUUAGUUCAGUUUGUGACAGAGGCUGGUCUAGCAGACACCCUUGCAAAUGGAGGACCCUUUACUGUGUUUGGACCAACUGAUGAUGCUUUCAACAAAUUACCACCAAAAGUAGUAGAACUAUUAAAAAAGGACAAAAAACUGCUAGCUGACGUACUGAAGUUCCAUGUCCUUAGCGGGAAAGUAUAUUCAACACAGCUGUCCAAUGAACUGGUUGCUCCUUCACUAAACCCAAUGGCUAAAGUCCGUAUCAACAUUUACCAAGGCGGAAAGGUGAUUACAGCAUCAGGAAGCCCUGUAGUUAUGCCAAAUCAGAAUGCUUCCAAUGGAGUCAUCCAUGUUAUAGACAAAGUCAUGUUUCCUCUACCAAUAGUGCCGGUAACAGGAAUGGUAGGACGGGAUCCUAUGUUGUCUACUCUCCUCACAGCUGUCAAGGCUGCUGAUCUCGUACAAACGCUCUCAGGCCCUGGUCCAUUCACCGUGUUUGCGCCCACAAAUGCAGCUUUCCAGAAAUUGCCCGCUGGAACAUUGGACAAUCUUUUAAAAAACAAGACAGCCUUGACCGACGUCUUGACCUAUCAUGUGGUUUCUGGAACGUUCUAUAGUGCUGGUUUAACAUCUGGAAUGUCAGCAACAACAGUAGAAGGAAAACCAGUCACAAUCACCAUUAGUGGAGGGAAAGUUAUGGUUGGAAAAGCCACUGUAGAAAGAGCCGAUGAUUCAGUGUCCAAUGGUGUUAUUCAUAUCAUCGAUACCGUACUUAUUCCUCCUUCUCUUACAUCAGCAAUUCUUCCAUGAAGCAAUGCCUGAUGCAGUGUAGAGGGUUAUUCACAUUUUAUCCAUUUUUCAUCAAUUCUUCAAUGAAAUGAAUGUACAGUUUUUAUAUAUAUUAAAACUACUUUUGUUAUAUAAUACACAUGGUAAA